UAUUGGACGGUAACUCUGGUCAGCGGCGCUGGGGCCGAGGGAGUCCCCGUUGCCGUGACAGUCGGCGCGCUCCGCUCCUCGGCGCCCGGGGUGGCCCGUGCCCCGGCCCUGCCCUUCCCCUCCGCUCCCGGGCGCUCGCGGCGGCCCCACGUCCCUUCCCCUCCUCCUUCUCCUCCUCCUUCCCCCCCCCCCCCGCUCCCUCCUCCCUUGCCCGGGUGUCAGGCACGAUGAGUCCGGCCGACGCCAAGCGCGGAGCCAAGCGCCGGAAGAACAAGCGGGGCGGCGGCCUCAGCAGCACCGGCGGGCCGGGACCCAGCGGCGGCGGCGGCGCCGGCGGCCUGGGCAAGGCCGGGGCGGCGGCGGGAGCGGCCCCUCUGCGGGCUGCGACCCAGGCGGCCGCCGCCUCGCCGAGCGCGGUGGGCGGCCUGCUGACAGCGCCGGCGACGGCCGCCGGCAACGGAGCCCUGGGCGGCGGCGGGGCCGCGACGGGACACGGCGAGGUUUCGCUAAAUGGUACACAGUUUACAGACAAUUCUGUUGGAUCAGAGUUCACAGGUGUUUCUCAGACACCAUUUACCUUUGGCUUGGGCCAGAGGGCACCAUAUACAACUGGCGAGCAUUGUCUUCUUUGUAGAAGUGAACGAAAAGAUACUUCGCUUUCAGAGAGCGGAAUAAAAAAUUCUAGCAAAACAGCACUUUCCACAUCUCCAAAAGCAAACAAUAUGCUGCAUCUUCCACUGUGGGUGUGUCCAGACUGUCGACGAACAGUCGAAAAGGAAGAAAGGCAUGCUACAAUAGAGCAAUCUCUUGUGAGCCAAGAUUUCCUUUUGCACAUGCCUCUUGGGAACAGUGGAUCACAGCAGGAAUCUGUAGGAGGAGGAAGAAUAACUGUUGGUGCACAGACGGUGCCUGCUGCAGAUCUUAGCAAUUCCUCUCCUUCAGACAUAGCAUGCAACUGUGAGGCCUGUAAUGAGCGCAGAGAAAAUUCAGCAGAGCCUGAACGUGAACCUCAGCAGCUUCAAAAUUACUGGUCAGAAGUAAGAUACAUGGUUCGGUGUAUAUAUCGCCAAGCUGGGACCCCUUUGGCAGAUGACCAAGACCAAUCUUUGGUACCAGAUAAAGAAGGAAUGAAAGAGCUGGUGGAUAGGCUUUGUGAAAGAGAUCCAUAUCAGCUUUACCAACGGUUGGAACAGCAAGCUAGAGAAUAUGUGCUUGAAAUGAAGGUUCGUCUGCUCAGACACUUGUCACUGGGAUCUAAAGUUGCAUCAACGUUAGCAAUACAAGGGCCACCACAGGCACAUCAGUUCAUCUCACUCCUACUUGAAGAAUACAGUGCACUCUGUCAGGCAGCGUGUACAAUCAGCGCCUUUCUAGUUACUCUGGAAAACGAACAUUUGAAGAAAUUUCAGGUGACAUGGGAAUUGCACAAUAAGCAUCUGUUUGAAAAUCUGGUAUUUUCCGAGCCACUCCUGCAGAAUAGCUUGCCAACGUUGGUGUCACAGCUAAGGCUUGGAACAACACAUGAUUCCUGUAGUGAAGAUAUGUAUAGUACCUUGCUACAAAGGUAUCAUCAGCUGGAACAGGAAAUGGGUCAAGUUGCUGAAGCAUGGCUUGAAUGCCAGAAAAGAAUAGAUGAUUAUGUUGAUGAACAGAUGGCAAUGAAAACAAAACAACGCAUGCUAAAGGAAGACUGGGAAUUUUUUAAACAGAGGCGUUUUAUUGAAGAGCAGCUUAAUAACAAGAAAGCACUAGCUGGGGAGAACAACUUCACAGACACAAUGAGACACAUGCUGUCAUCACGUUUGAGCAUGCCUGACUGUCCCAACUGUAAUUAUAGAAGAAGAUGUACUUGUGAUGACUGCAGCCUUUCACACAUUUUAACGUGUGGCAUCAUGGAUUCUCCUAUCACGGAUGAUAUCCACAUUAACCAGUUACCACUACAAAUCGAUUCUGCUCCGGAUUAUCUAUCUGAGAUCCGCCCACCCAGUAUGUCUUCAGCAAGUUCAGGGUCAGGUUCCAGCUCACCUAUUACAAUUCAGCAACAUCCCAGACUGAUCCUUGCAGAUAACGGUUCUGCGCCAACUUUCGGUAGUGAUGAUGAAGAUGUUGCACCAUUAUCAACAAAAUUUGCUGAUAUCUACCCACUGAAUAAUUACGACGAUGCAGAGGUGGUAGCCAACAUGAAUGGAAUUCAUAGUGAGCUAAAUGGCGGAGGUGAAAACAUGGCAUUGAAAGAUGAGUCUCCUCAGGUGAGCAGUACUAGCAGCAGUUCCUCAGAAGCAGAUGAUGAAGAAGCAGAUGGGGAGAGCAGUGGUGAACCACCAGGGACUCAAAAGGAAGAAAUAUCUCUAGGAAAAAGGGCAUUAAGGAAAGAUGAAGCAAAAAUGGAUAGUCCACCACCUUCUUACCCCAGUCAGCAGGCUGACCAAGGUCCAAAUGCUUGUGAAUGUCACGUUUGCAAACAAGAAGCCUCAGGUCUAACGGCCUCUGCACUUGCAGCUGGACGCCUGCCUGCUGGCCACCAGUUUAUGAAUCCUGAAAAACCUGCACAUCCCGCACUUCAUCUUUAUCCUCACAUCCAUGGACAUAUACCAUUGCAUACAAUUCCUCAUCUGCCUCGUCCACUUAUCCAUCCCACCUUAUAUACAGCUUCUCCCUUUACACACAAUAAGGCAUUACCGCCAGCUCCAGUUCAGAAUCAUACAAACAAACAUCAAGUAUUCAAUGCAUCUCUCCAAGAUCAUAUUUAUCCAAGCUGUUUUGGGAGCACUCCAGAUUGGAAUAGCUCUAAAUUUAUAAGUCUUUGGGGAUCAGAGAUGAUGAAUGACAAGAACUGGAAUCCUGCUACAUUUUUGCCUGAUACAAUUCCUGGGAGUGAUAUAUUAGCACCAGCACUCUCAGAAAUAAGACCUGAAGCACUUCCUGCUACAUCUAGCAAUGAAGCAACAGCAGUUACUGACAGCAAAGAGAAAAAAAAUGCUGCAAAGAAGAAAUGUCUGUACAAUUUCCAGGAUGCCUUUAUGGAAGCUAAUAAAGUUGUCAUGGCAACCUCUUCUGCCACUUCAUCUGUCUCCUGCACAGCAACUACAGUGCAGUCAAGCAGCAACCAAUUCAAAGUAUCAUCCAAGAGACCUUCAUCGAUAGGUGAAGUGUUCCACAAUAUUAAUAAAGAGGACCAUAGACAUUCUGCACCAGUUGCACCACGAAAUAGUCCUACCAGUUUAGCAUCCCUUCCUUCACUGUCUCCUGCUGCACUGUCUCCAGCUUCUACACCACAUCUUCCAAAUCUUGCUGCUCCUUCUUUCCCCAAAACUGCUGCAACAGCCCCUGGAUUUGUGGAUCCUCAUUCAGGUCUUUGUCCUACUACAGUUGCACCUCCUACUUCAACUACAGACAGCUCUGUAAGUGCCCCACCAAGUGUCUGCAGUGGUUAUAGUGUGAAAAAAGAGCUGCUUCUGUGUUCAGCAAACAAGACCGAGUUCAGUGAUCCUGAUUGCGAGGGCCAUCGCUGUGAGAACAGUAACACGUACGAUCAUCAACAGUAUGAUGGAGAGGAGAGCCAAGAUGAAGACAGCUGUUCAGAGCAUAGCUCCAGUACCUCAACAUCCACAAAUCAGAAGGAAGGAAAAUACUGUGACUGCUGUUACUGUGAGUUCUUCGGCCAUGGAGGACCUCCAGCUGCACCAACCAGUAGAAAUUAUGCAGAGAUGCGAGAAAAGCUUCGUUUACGUCUAACAAAAAGAAAAGAGGAACAGCCGAAGAAACCAGAUCAGAUCUCUGAAAGGGAAAGUGUUGUUGACCACCGAAAGGUGGAAGACUUGCUACAAUUUAUAAACAGCUCUGAAACCAAACCAGUAAGCAGUUCUCGGGCAGCCAAGCGAGCCAGACAUAAGCAAAGAAAGCUUGAAGAAAAAGCUCGACUUGAAGCAGAAGCCAGGGAGAGGGAGCAUCACCAGUUGCUUGAGGAACAGAGGCGGCGAGAGGAAGAAGAGGAGGAGAGGCUGAAACAAGAAUUACAACGGCUUCAAGAACUUCAGCAGUUGCGGGCUGUAAAGAAAAAGAAGAAAGAACGAACAAGUAAAGACUGUCAGAAGGUGGACAUGCUUACUCGAAACUGCCAGGCAGUGAAGGAAUCUGUCCCAAACACACCUGAAGACAUUCAGAAUGGUACACUUGAGCAAUCAGAAAAGAUAGAAACCUCCUCCGGUUCACUGUCAAGACAUGUGAAUCACACAGAACAGAGGCCAGGUUCAGAGACAGGCUGUGAACUAUCCAAUCCUGUAAACACUAGAGACUCAAAGCUGCUUUAUCAGAAAGAGGGGAGUGUAAAGCAGCAUGAGCCCCUCUCUUUUCUGCUUGAUAUUAUGCAUCAACAUAAAGAAGGAAACAGCAAACAGAAACUAAAGCAGAUAAACAAACCAUGUGCUGAACAAGUGAAAAAGCCUAUUGAAUCCCCCAAAGCAGCUGAGAUUCAGACUAAAACCAGAAACCAAAUAGAAUCCAAAGCAAAAGCAGCAGAGCUCCCAACACUUGCAGAACCUAAAAAAGAGGAGAAGAAAUUAAACAGUAACAACAAAAAGCAGUUGAACCAUGUAAAGGAAGAGAAAGCACCCGUAACAAGUGAAUCCCCUUCACCCAGUGAACAGCAGCAAAAUAAUAAGCUAAUACUUGCAGAUUCUCCUCAACCAAAAGGCAAGAACAAGAAAAACAAGAAGAAAAAAGGGGACAAAGUCAACAAUUCCAUUGCAUCUAACAGCUAAUGCCAGAGCUGAGAAGAGCAGGCAGUGCUAGCUGGUUGGCUUUGUCAACACGCUAAUCUAACUGCCAUUCUCGGGCACGAGUUUAUUCCUGCAUGUGCUUGGUGCCUACUGGGACCACCAGUUGGGUCGGCAGUUUUGCGGUAGGGACAUCUGUCUUCCUGGAGCACCCGAUCAUUCCCUUGGGAUGAGUAGCUGAGUGGUAACGGUGCAUAAAUUAAAUGUCUGUUCACCGGAAUGACUUCAUAUUGCAGGUCUUGCUGCCGUUCUGUCUGGUAGGCACAUCAAGAUAAGAGACCUUACUUACUCCCUUGGCAGUCUCUGCCAGUGUUUUGGAAUGCUUAUGUUUAUUAAACUCUAUUACAAAAAUGUAAACCAAAUUCCCAGUUGUUGCCAGUGCUAGGUGUAGAGCCCAGCUUUGGUUUUGUGGUUUCAUGGUUGGGUUGAGUCAGCCCACCAGUCUUUCUUCUUAACUCUUCUUACAUUCCAUGUUUCCAUUCUGUGUCAAUCGAGCAGCAAUACAGCAUUGAACCCUUUUCUCUAAUACCUUGGUUCUUGUGCAUACUGUGGUGUGGUUGGGGUUUUUUGAGGGUUUUUGUUAGAUUUUUUUUUUAAAUUUCCUGAGAAGAAUGUACUCCAAUCAUUGGAGUAAGACAAAACUCUAGAAUCAGGAGCAGAGAGAGAUGACUGGAGACAUUUGAAAGAGAAACUGUUGAAGGGGGGGAUGUAGGGUGUUUACUGUAGGAGAAUUUAGGUAGCUGCCUGCAUCUUUUCCUCCUCCCUGCCCCUCACUGUUUUCUGCUGCUUAAAUCAAGUGUAGUUACAAUUUCUGAAACCUGAUGUUUAAAUGUGAAAAAACGUAGGGACAUGUUUCUGAAUUUAUAAAGAGAUAAUUGUGCUGCUCUCUGAAGAGUCAGAACUGGAUCACCACUUUGAGUACUUCUGACUUUAGAACCACCGGAAAGAUACUGCAAUACACAAUUUUUCAUUUAGCUGUAAUUUCUUAAAGACAUAGGGCUGAUGUACCAAAUUAGCGAAGGCAUAAAAAAUGAACUAAGAAAAAAAAUUGGAACUAGGGUAACUGAAAGAACAUGAAAAGAGGGUAACAAAGUUUGGGUUUUUUUAACUGAGUUUUAACAUGAAGUAUUAAGGCACUGAACAUUAUUGCUUUUGGUAUGAUAUCUGUUUCUUAAAGAAAUUUGUUCUGGCAGGGUAUUUAAACUCCUUGUUAUGAAGAGGCUGAAAAAAACUAGGACUACAGGGAAGCCCUGUCUUUCUAGGGCUUUCUGGUUCUUCAGAAGUAAGUUGUAUGGCAAAGAUGUGCAACUUUUGAACUACCAAUAAUGCCUUUAGAAGAGAGUUGUUUGUUCUCAUAAUCUUAAGGAUUCUAGAGAGUCCUCAUUCGUACUCAGUGUUCUCAGUUUCUUUGUCUCCCCCUUUUUAGAACAGGUUCUGAAGCUGCUUCAAGAAUGAGAUUGGAGUAUGUAUGUAGUAGAAAAAGAGACUUUAACAGGAAAAUGCUCAAAUUUAGUUUCUGCAAAAAUUUACACUUUCUGAAGCAUUUUUUUUUCUAUAAGUAUAAAAGAGAACCAUACACUGAGACAGUACGAUAUACCAACAGAAUUUAAAGAGACUUUGUUGCUAUAGCUGAGGCCUAAAUUCAGGCCAUAUUAGAAUAUGUUUAAAAAACAUUUUUUAAAAAAAUUCCUAAUUGUAGGUAGCAUGACUUAGACUCUUGCAGACACAGCCUGAUGAUCAUGUCCCAGAUGGAGUACAGCAGCUCUACAAACCCAGAAUUUUUGAAAUAAUUUUCUUUAUAAAGGCCAUUUUAAAAAUGUUUCUAAAGCUACCUUUUUAGUAGUAAGGCCAACAAAUUUCAGGCUAUCUGAUUCAUGGACCCCUUUGUAUUUGAGCAUUCUCAUGUGUAUUCCAGAUUUCUGGCAUCUUUUGCAACCCAUGCAACCACUAAAUUUACUGUUGAUUCAUCUCUUCCUUGUUCCCAGUGUAACUCCUGAAAGUCUGAGCAGAGGUACUAGCACAGGGUUUUUAAGAAGUGUCUUUCUAAUUAUAAGUUUGUAUUAAUUCAGUCUAAACAUGAAUAAUCAAUAGUCUACAAAGUUCAGGCAGUUCUCCAAAAAUGUCUUUAAUGCAGCUUCUUCAAGCUUCUUCCCCUCUCCUUCCCUCCUCCCUAUGGAAUCUAACCUAGUAUUAUCCUUUU